AUGGACAACCCUGUCCCAUUCACGCCUAAUGCUAUAACAUCCCAAUCUACCCGUCGUACUAAUUCGCCAAUGUCUGCCUCAGACUCCGCUCCCGCCGGGUUCAAUUUCAUAUCGGUCGAUCCCUCAUCACGAACAGAGAGCUCCUCCAGUCGAACGCUCAUUCGAGCCAACGCCGGUCGCUAUAUAUGGAAGCGCCGUAAGGCCGGCACUAAGGAACCCACCAGAGCCAAACCAUACGAAAGACCAAGCCUGCAGAGCCCUCCUCUAUCCAGUCCGCCCGCAUUUACUGAAGUCGUUGUGAAAUCGGAGCCCGAUACUCGGGAGUCACCUGUGAUAAAAGAAGAAGAAGAAGCCAGCCCAUCUGACGCCUCUCUUAUACCAUACAAACGCGAAUCGUCAUCUGACACGAUUGAUUUGACCGCUUCGCUUAAUCAUGGCCUGAAGACACCCAUGCUGACUGUCUUCGGGACGGAGGUGCCUGAGGAUACCGUUCGACGGACAAUUAAAUACUCCGCCUCUGUCGUUAUGACCAAGAUGCUGCCACAAGACUCGAAAUCUAACGGGCCGACUAUCUCCGAUAUAUGGGUUUCAAGCGCCCUACGCAGCCCCGCUCUACUGUCUGCAUUUCUAUACGGUACACUCAGUCACGAGUUUGUCCUCGAUCGAAUGCAGAGCGGAUUGCCAUCGAGGCAAAGACGGCAAAAAAUGCUUCAAAUUAUGACCGCAGAGAAUGAAUCGAUAAGGAGGAUUAAUCAAGCACUACAAGACCCGGCGGCGCAAAAGACGGAUGAGCUACUUAUGGCGGUGUUUCUCAUGGGAUAUAGUCGCUACGACGAAGCAGUUUUUGCGCCUGGUCGUGACACCCACAAAUCACCGUUUAACGAUAUUCAGUGGGCUAACAUAUACUCGUACCUGGAUUACGACGAGGUACAUGUCAUGGGUCUGAUACGACUACUCGAAAUUCGCGGAGGCUUUGACGCUAUUGAGCUGGCCGGUUUAGCAGAGAUGAUGUCUCUCGCAACGGUCAUGUUUUCAUCGAAAUUUUUACGAAAACCACUUUUCCCCUAUACACCAAUUAUCAAAACGGCCGGACGACACCAGCAACCCGACUGGCCCCAACCGAUUCAAUUCCUUUUGGAGAUGUACAAAGGAGGCGAUUUCCCCAGGAUGAUUGAGCUUGGUCUUCCAAGUGAACUUGUCACACUAUUCAAAGAUAUGUAUAGCUACAACGCUGUCAUUGAAUUAUACAUGCAAGGCAUCUUUGCUGGUGCUUUUGCCGGCUCUGAUGCGCCUAUUAUGGCUGAUCGCCGAAACUCGAUCCAACACCGAGCUUUGUCACUGCCGACCGCAGACGAGAUGGGCAUGGGCGAAGCAUGCCCCACCUAUGAACCACUCAGAAUCGCUACGCUUAUAUAUUGUCUAAUCACUAUCUUCCCUCUGGUUCCCGCCAUGGCGCCUUUCCCUCAAUUGACCGCACAGCUACGGCAAGCUUUGUUCAGUCAAUCCCUCCCAAAGGCCUGGAAAACUGUUCCUGAGCUUUUUGUCUGGACUCUAGUCGUUGGCGGUAUUGCAUCCAACAAGACCGAAACUGUUACCUGGUUCGCUGCAAUGUUAAGUCAAGUCGCUGUUGCAACAAAUCUAUCGACCUGGGCAGAUGUCAAGAAGAUACUCAAAUCUGCACUAUGGCUAUCGCCCAUCUGCGACGAGAAAGGAGAAGAACUGUGGAAGAAAGCGGACAAUCUUCGGUCUCAAGUGCAACGCCACCAAGAGCAACAACAACAUCAACGACCCGACGUGCCUGUGCGAUUAAGGGCUGAACCGGCCAGUUGA